AUCCGUACCUUUGUAACCAUGUUAGGAUUUGUCAUAGCUACGUUUCUUUGUUCAGUCCAGCGAGUGUCAGUAGCAUGCUGAUAUAAUAAUUAGAACCUCAUUCUCUGGGCGGUAAUAGUAGGUAGGUAGAGAGAAACCAUCGUAGGAGAUGCUACCGUCCAGUUAGUGGCAGAGUGGUGGCAUCUUGGAGAAGUCUGGACAGCAGCAUCACUGAGCGAGAGUCAACAUCACAGAUAUAUUACACUCUACAGCCACAUCUAACUCGACCCUCCCAAGUAUCAAUACUAGCAAACUAAAUCUUAAUUAAAUCACAACGAAGUCAAGUCGUGAUGGGGUGGCAAACGACUUUACGGAUGACCCAUAAUGUAGGGUUAGUGAUGGUGUUGGUGGUGCUGGUUGCUGCAGUCUACACUCAUGAAGUGGACGCAAGAAGCAGUCUUUGUAUUAAACCUAAAAUGGAUUGUGAUCCCGCGUUGAUGCCUGAACUCUACUUAUCCGACACCAUCAUCAAUGGGCAGGUUGCCGAGCCAGGGUCGACCCCUUGGCUCAUCUCACUUCAAGAUACCCAGUACGACCGUCCAGUGCACUUCUGCGGUGCUACACUACUCAACCACUUCUGGGUCCUUACCACUGCCUCGUGCGUGGUCAGCUACUGGGAUGGCUUCGACAUCAUCCAGGUCGUGGCUGGGGAGUACGAUCUGGAUAAGGAGGAAGGGUGGGAACAGGUGCGCAGGGUGUGGAAGAUCGAGGUACAUCCGAAGUAUAAAGACUUAACCCGCGAUUUCGAUGUGGCUCUGAUCAUGAUGAAUUUCCCGGUGUUCUUCAACGAGAGGAUCAACCCUUUGCCACUACCCACGAACAGGCCGCUCUUGUGUCAACAAGGCAUCACCUUUUAUGAAUAUUCUUAUGGUAACGACUUGUACCUCAUCGUCGGCUGGGGCAGUACCAAGGAGACUGGUGAGCCUUCCAGCGUUGUAUUACAAGCCUACACUCCUGUGCUUCCAAGACAGGAGUGCAUAGACGCUUAUCCAAACCAAAUCACCGAUACUAUGAUAUGUGCUGGCAACCUGACGUACGGAGGACUAGAUCCCUGUCAGGGUGACUGGGGCGGUGCACUGGUAAGCAAGGAUGGGUUUGUGACAGGCUUGGCGUCAUGGAGUGUGGGGUGCGGGCGCCCAGGCUACCCUGGCGUCUACACCAACGUCGACUCUGUGGUCGACUGGAUCUGUGAUGUCACCUCGUUUCUAAACGACGACAGACCCUACUCACUAGAUGAGGACGACAGACAACACCAUCAAGAUAAGGACGACUAAUGGUUCCAUAAAGAAGAGAACGUCUGAUGGUACCGUCAAGAUGCUAGAAACGACAGACAGUGUCAUCAAGAUGACAGAAACGACACAGUGACAUCAAGAUGACAGAAACGACAGAGUACCAUCAAGAUGUCAGCACAACCAAUUUAACGACGACACAAUACACACCUUCACAAUAAGAUCUCAGCAAACACGGAACACAUCGCAACAUAUUAUUAUAUAUAACAAUGGGAAGAAAUAAUAUAUUACGUUUAUAUUUAACAAUUAUGAGCCGUAUGAGUGAGACAAGUAGUGUAAGAAGCUUCGGCACUGGAGUCAAUAAAAAAUGCAUUUUUUGUAAUUAAACAAUGUUUCUUGA